UUUGGAUAAAUUAAAAAUUAGUGACUUCAAAAUGUCAGAAUAUUAUUAUGAUGAACUAAUCAGGCCUUCGAUGGCCAGCAGGUCUUCUGGGAUUCAAGUUGAAGAAAUUAUUGAAGAUAUACCCAGUUCAAGAGAAACCUCUGAUUUUAUUGCAGACUCAAUAAACGAAAAUGUGUCAGCUAGGGGAGUAAAUAGGCAGUUUCGGUACUUUAGGAUGGGCGAAGACAGGCAAAAUCAAUAUAGGUUGCAACAAAAGCCAAGAAGCAGUUCUCCAGAAGAACCUUCAGAAGAUCUGGUAGAUACUCACCCUGAAGAGAUCGAGGAUGAUGUUGAUACUCCUGAUGCAGGACUCUCAUCUAACCAAGAGUGGAGCUUUUGCAAGAAUCAUGAGUAUACUGAAGCCCCUCAAAUAAUUCGUCACUCAAGUUCCUCUGUAGAAGAGAAAGUGGAAUUUAUGGCUGGAACUCCUGAACGUAGGAGAUAUUACGAACGAAAAACCAGACUUGGCCUCGCAGAUAGCAGUCUUGUUAAGGAAUUAAUAACCUCUGCUGAUGAACCUCAUUCUAGUACAAAAUAAGAAGCCAGUUAAACGCCAAAAGCGCAAGAAGAGCAAAAAGUCUAAAUUAUUUGUAAAGAAGGAGAAUCACAGCUGUGAGAAUAAAAAUAGGGCUCGCUCAGGUGGGAAACCGGACUAUUAUCCUUACCCAGGAAAAUUCAAGACUAAUAUAGAUACUGGAAAGAAGUCUUUCCCAUCUCCCAAAUCAGGUAGAAAGAGUAGGAAGUCCAAGACAGCAAAAUUGAGGAAAACCAGGGCCAGCAAAACACCGAAGCAAGGGAAAACCUGUAAGAAAAUUAGAAAGAAAAGCAUAAAAAGAAGAAAUCAGGAAAUUACUCUGAAACAGAAAUACAACACACGAGGGGAUGUAUCCAUAAAAGCGUCUCCUGAAAAGAACAAACAGCUGUCUAAAUCCCAAGAAAAGGACGAUAUGGGCAGACUUGGCUGCUCUGUGUCAGGUGCGUCCAAGGGUAAAUUGCUGCUAGAAACCGACCUUAGCAGAUAUGUUCCUGAAAAUACCCCAAAAGUGAAGAAAAGGUAUAAGAGAAAGUGUAAGAAGCUGAUCAAAACUACUACCACGACUCCUCGUAUCGAAAAUGAGAUGAUAGUGACACCCCACAAGUCAAUGAUUAUAUAUGAUUACAAUGAAUACGGAAGUGAAAUUGUGAAGAAAGAGACCAUCCACGAAUAUAUAGAACGACCUUAUUCUGUAGAAAACUACAGACCGAAUAGAAGCACGUAUAGAAACGUUGACAGAAAUUGGGACAUAUCCAAAUGAAGGGAGAGCAUGGAACUUGAUAAAAUUGUUAGAGACGCAUGGAAAAAUAUAGACAAAAAUGGACAUAUUAAAGCUAUGGAAAGCACACGUGCGACCAGAGUAGAACAUGAGAAUUAGUAACAUAGAGA